CUCGUGAUCGAACCCAACCCAAACCAAUUACAUAACUUCAAUUCGGAAAUGUAUCUGUUGUAUCGCAAGGACUGAAAUUCGCAGUUUGAGCAGAGACGUUCGAAGGAGGCCCUCGUCUGGCGACGCUGGAGAGGACAACUUGACGGGUUGUCGAAUGCCAUCUCUCUGGGACACGACGUCGUUCCCAAGUGCAGUCCUCGCUGCAAGCCUGUCGCUGGCACUGCUCCCCUCCUUCCUGGUACCUGCAUGGCGCAUUCCCGAAUUCACCCCUCGACAAAUCAUAUACGCUAAGAAUGUGUUCCCACUUCUACUCGCACCAUGGGCCAGCCCCCACGCCAAUGAUAUUAAUACUCGGUCGUUAUCGCGUCUCGUCCAGAUUGCGCUGUCCCUGCGUCUCCCACAAACCGCAAUAUUACCGUGUUAUGUCUACUGGAUCACCAUCGCUCUUGCGAGGACGCUCACCGGGUUUCUGCUCACUCGUAGUGUAGGAUGGGCAUACCCCCGAUUGUUUAACCACUGGGCCCUCUACGAGACAUCGAGUGGGAUAGGACCUCCACUUGUGACCUAUCUUCUUACUUCUGGGACACGACCAAUCCUCGACUUGGUUCGAGGGUCGUUCAUCAAGGGUCGUUAUUGGGAGAACAGCUCACGCGGGGAUGUUUUCCUGGUGGUAUGUAUGUGUACGAUCUUAUGCUGGCUAGACGGGGCCCCGUGGACAUAUGCAAUGUCAACGUUGCUGUCUAUUUCGUUGACGAUCUGGAGAGCACUGUUUUCUUCCCCGUUGCGCGAAAGCUCGCAUGUUCCUUUUGGUGGACUCGACCAACAGUAUUCGAACAGCAGCUCUCCCCACCCGCGACGCCCUCGUACCACAGGCUUUCGGACCAGUUUAUUGGUUUUGUUGGUUAUACCCCUUCCAUAUAUUGUCGGAUUCCUCUUCAGUUUUGGCUACCAUCCUAUCCCUGAUAUUGCACCAUCGUCCAGUUCUGGGAUUGAUCAUCCUCUUCUUGAAAUCCUCAUUCUGUCCUUCCCUCGUCCGAACGACGCAGGCGCCAUCCCCGUCCUCUCUCGCACGAUAUCAUCCUAUCUGCCCUACGUCAACAACAGUAGUACAACAUCACUGUCCGUGUUCACACAUGCCCGACAAGCGCACCACCCUUCGUUCGAGCUUGCGAAGAAAGAGUUUAGAGAUACUCCCGUGGUGUUUUACACAGACCGAGAUUUGCACCCAGAUGACAGAGAGGGUCAGUAUUUGCAUGUUGCAGAGGCAUUCAAGUGGGUAUACGAACGCCAUCAGCGAGAUGAUGAUACCUAUCCGAAUCCUGCAAAGCCAGCGGAGUGGGUCAUGUUGGUCGAAGACGAUUUCCCGUUAUGCGGGGAAUGGGGAUGGAGUGGUAUAGUUGGUGUAAUGAGGAUGCUGGAGAGCAAGCGAACGCCGUCAGCAUCCAUGGGGAGAUGGGGCGGGUUCGUAGGUACAGGUGGAAGUGGUGUGAUCAUACAUCGUUCGGUGCUGCCUAUUCUCACCCACAUUCUCCGGAUCCAUGCGUCCCUUAACUCCCCUCUACCACCAAAUAUCCCCCGACGUCCUCCAGACAUCAUCAUCCAAGAUUGCCUUCUCGGCAUCGAUCCUCUCUGCCCUGCGUAUAAUCACCCCACGUCUAGUUCUAACGGCGGCCGCAGUGGCAAUCUGGUCAUCACGUCGAGACUCGUCAUGGACCAUGUUGGUAGCGACAAGAGCACCGCCGCCGGCCGCGUUUACAGUCCCGAAAAGUGGCGUUGUGGAUGGCGCCAUCCUUUCCAUGGGCGUGAAGAGGUGGUGGUCGUUCCGGUGUAGCUUUGGACUCGGCAGGCGGCACACAACAGGCCAAGGAGCCUCCAUUUGACUUGACUUAUGUAUACUAUCUA